UAACCUAUUUAUGUUUCUUAAGAUGCUUCGUGCGUGUUGUGUUAUGAUUUGGUAAAACAAUUUCAUCAUUCGGUUUAUUUACCUAGAGAUUUUAUCAUUAUCACCCCAACACUAUGUAGUGCAAUACAAAAAAUGUUCGUUGCAGUAGUUUAAUACAUUUUGAACAGUAUUCUGAACAUUAAUGAAGCAUACAAUAAACAAACAAUUAAGUUUAAUAACAAAAGCACAAGUCUAACAUGGCUUAUCUAAGAGGCUCAGCAAAUCAUGUUUGGUGCACUACAAGUGUGCUUGGCAAGGGUGCCACUGGUGCAGUAUACCAGGGUGUGAAUAAGAACAAUGGAGAACCAGUGGCUGUAAAAACCUUCAACCAGGUCAGUCAUAUGCGCCCCCAGGAGGUACAGAUGAGAGAAUUUGAAGUGCUCAAGAAAGUGAACCACAAAAAUAUUGUGAAACUUUUGGCAAUUGAAGAAGAGCAAGAAAGCAGAGGAAAAGUAAUUGUCAUGGAACUCUGUACUGGUGGAAGCCUUUAUAAUAUCUUGGAUGAUCCAGAAAACACAUAUGGGCUUGAUGAGAAAGAAUUCUUGUUAGUGUUGGAUCACUUGUCAGCUGGCAUGAAACAUUUGAGGGACAAUAGUUUGGUGCACAGGGAUUUAAAACCAGGGAAUAUCAUGAAGUUUAUCUGUGAUGAUGGAAGCACUAUCUACAAACUGACAGAUUUUGGAGCUGCCAGAGAACUGCAAGAGGGCCAACAGUUUAAUUCACUCUAUGGGACUGAAGAGUACUUACAUCCUGAUAUGUAUGAGAGGGCUGUGUUGAAGAAACCACCAGGCAGGGCUUUUGGAGCUACCGUAGAUUUGUGGAGUAUUGGUGUUACACUUUAUCAUGUUGCAACAGGUAACCUUCCCUUUCGUCCGUACGGCGGCCGCCGUAACCGCGAAACAAUGUAUUAUAUUACAACCCGAAAGGAGAGUGGUGUAAUUUCUGGAAUACAAACGGAAGAAAAAGGUGCAAUAACCUGGGGACGAGUGCUUCCAACGAACUGCCAAUUGAGUGCAGGACUGAAAGAACUCGUUACUCCUCUACUCGCCGGUCUUUUGGAAGCAGAUCAAAAUAGAAUUUGGUCUUUUGAGAAAUUCUUUGAUUCUGUCAUGAACAUUCUCAGCCGAAGGAUUAUCAACGUCUUUCAUGUUAACCGCGCUGUUGGUAUCAACAUCUACAUCGAUCCGGAUGAAACAUAUGAGAAUCUACAGAAUCACAUUGCGAAGCAAACCGAGAUCCAACCGAAUAAUCAAAUUUUAUUAUAUAAAGACACACUGUUUGUUGAUAUUGUCGGAGAAAACACUCGAGCUGAUGGUUAUGUCCGCACAAACAAUCAGGAAACACUAAUAUUAUUCAGCAAAGAAAAUAAUAAUGUUUCCGCCAUGGUUAAUAUGGAUAUUCAAAAGUUUCCCGAGUUUGCCAAUUUGGUGUCAGUUGAAAACGACGCUGGAGUUGCCAGAACUGCAUGUAGCAUUGGACACAUGUGCAAACGCCGUGUCGAAAGCAUUUCUCUAUCUACCAACUUAAUGAAGCAUUCUGUUGAUUGUUUCACUAAAUAUAUAAAGAAUGAUCUCAAAACUUUGCACAAUAAGUGCGCGCAUUUGAAGGAAAUCACUUCCAGUCAUCAAAGUACUACCAACGCGUACGCUUUGACUCAGGAGAUGGUGAAUGCCCUGAGUCAAACGCGUCGUGAUAGCAGGUUUACUGAAUUAUCGUCGGAACUAGCGGAAUUGAGUGCAAAUUUCCUCAGUGGGAUAGAGACUCGUGUGCAAAAGAUUUACGAUCGUAAUGUUAAAGAAAACACGUUGCAACUGGAAUGGGAAGCGGCUGUGAAGGCAGUGCGUUGUCCUUGGGAAACUAAAGCUCCUGCAAGGGCGAGAACUUUAGUCGAUCGUAGCCGGGAUUCAUGGCAACAUUUGGUGCGUGAUAGAGCGACUAGAUCUUUAAGUUACAAUGACGAACAGUUUCAUGUUUUGGAACGGAUUAAAAUUGGCGAGACGAAUGUGAGGAUGGAAAAACUGUUGGCGAACGAGUGUAUUCCGCAGUAUAAUCAACUUGCGGAGUUCUUGGGCGAUUGGUACAAGAGCGCCCAGACGAUAUUUUUACAGACGACCAUUCUGCAAAAUGAUGUGCAGGAAUAUGCGAAUAAAAUUGAGCAGUUUGCUAUAGAUCUGAGAAUGUAUAACGAUCAAUGCUCAGAGGGGAUUAAGAAGAUUUUGAGCGCGAAUAAGAAGGUUGGCAAGAAGAGAAGCAGUAAGCAAAAGCACAACAGUUUGAAAGAUGCUAUUAUAAGGGCGGAAUCUGACAAAGAAGCAUUGCAAGCGCUUUUGGAAGAGUGUAAAGCACGAGGUGAACAACUAGCGAGUAUUAUUCAUUCUUUACCUAAGGUUAACAGCGAUAUGUGAUAUUAUUUCAUUUCAAUUUAAUAUGAGGCAUGAUUAUCAAAUCAAGAGCUAUGCAUACCUAUUGUUGUGUAUAAUCCCUUGACCUUAAUAUUUUAUUCAAUUAUCAAGAAUUAUUAUGUAUAACGUGAUGUUCUUGAUUAUCAUAAAAGCAAUUCUUAUAUUCUUACGUUUAUACAAAUAUAUCAUAAAUGUUGA